GACGUGUUUCUUCUUUGGCGGGCUUUCGCACUUCCCUUCUUUUUUGUUUUCUUCGCUUUUCGAUUCUCUGUUAUUGACGCUGUGUUGUUUUGUUUCGUUUUCGUCGAAAAGGGCUUUUCGCGCCCCCGCCAAUUUUGACCGGCCUUAACUAUGUCGUUCGCCAGUGUUGCAAACAGCUGUUCUCGGAAGUCCCAGAUCUAGUACCUGAAGCAGAAGAAGUAGUAGAAACAGUGGCCAGUAAAGAACCGUAGCGCAAGCCGGUUCCACGAGUUACAGGUUCUUCUGCGGAAUGUAAACAAAGUCGUUAUGAGAUUUGCGAAAAGCGAUGCCACCUGAAGACUUGCGUGAAUGAGUGCUCCUACCAGUGUCCCCCCGUAAACUAUCGAUAGUGACUCCACCCAGCGGAAACACAUGACUUAGAGUGGAGGGAACGACCCGCCAAACAGAGUGCCCGUGUUUGUGUGUUAUGGAUUCUGAUCACUGUUAUUAUCGCUUCAAUUAGAUCAAUUUGCGCCGACUUCUGCCGUAUUGUUGGCUGCCGUUGUUUGGGCCGCAGUGUUUACUCCCAAUCGCGCGAUAGUGGCUAACCUGUGCGGUUGCUGUAGCGAUGCAUAAUUGGAAAAUUGGUGUUUAUGGUACGAGAAUGUUUAUCUAAAACCCGUGUGUAUGCACCCCAGCAUAGAAGCCGUCGGCUAGACGUGUGUGAAUAUAAAGCGAAAUAAAAAAACAUCGAACAAUUUAGUGUUUAUAGGUUGUGACCGUUGCCAGUGUGUUGUUGAAUGAAACGAAACACAAAAAAAAUAUAUAAUAACGAUUGCUACAAGCGAGGAAACAAAGUUUUGCGUUUAGAACCUUCUUCUCCCAUCUGCUCUCGGCAGACCCCGAACCGGCACCGGAUGUGGAAAGCUUGUUAGUGGCGGCUGCGGGUUUGUUCACUCGUGCUGAAAACCUUGGGUUUGAACUAGUUUCUAGGCUUGUGACUAUGGCAAUGGCAAUGUAGCUUACCGGUGUCCGAAGUGAAACACUUUAUUGCUGUGCAAAAUCCUGGAAACUGUGUGUAUUAUUGGGUCAAUGCUGCACUGCGGCGCUCUGUGAAACAGUUUUAUGCGAUCUAGUGAGAGCCGAGACGCGCUCCGAGCUGCGAGGAUCAGAUGAGUUAGUUUGCAUGUAAAAAGAUUACGGAACAGAUAAAACUGUGAUAAUCUUUAAUCCUAGAAACAUCGUUAACUCGAAUUCUAACACUAAAAGUGAUGGUAAACAAUUUUACACAAGAACAAGUUUCGAAGCACAAUAUUAUACGCAAAUAAAUGGAGAAACAUUAUGCAGGAACACAUCGAAAUGUAAAAAAAGGAAGGAAGAUGAAUUAGUACAAACAGUAACGAACAACCAAGCUCAACCCAGAUGAAAACAAACAGCUAAACAGCCGAGACAACUCCACUGGUUUUACAACAGCCGUCAAUAUACAGUACCGAUGUAAAUAAACAAGAACAUAGAAAAGACAGCAAAGCGGCAGCUACAUUCACAGCCCGAACCGUGCGAACACUUAAUUAUGUAAAUAAAAUAAUUAUUAUCCAUUAAGGCCAGUAUUAAAAUUGUAAGUGUGUACCAAUAGUUAGAAGCCUCAUUUUCCGCAGUCGACGUGAGAGACAGGAAGCCAAUUGUGUGUCUCUGUGUGUAUGUGUGGAACUCUGGUGGUAAUUCUGUCACCUCGUUGAUGUUGUCCACAUCUCGCGAAAUGUUAUUUGUCCUCGAAUUAAGCCCGCGAGGAAAAUAGCGAAUAUAAGCCUAUCGACUACAAAAUCAUCAGUCUCUGCUGCUCUCGGGAACAGUGGAUCGGCCAGUGAAGUGCGAAAACGGUGAACCAUUAAUUAUUAAUGAUACGCAAAUGAGUGUCAUUUGGGUAGUAAUAUCGCAGAAGACCGCAAGUGUGAAAACGAAAGUGUGACACUUCCGAUUGACAGCUACUGAACCAUAUCGUUUUUUUUUAUCGGUGGCGCUGAAUGGUGUGAAUUUGAGUGCUUGUGCUCAAGGCUAGAUGUUACUAAAGGGGAAAACAAAUCAGCACUGUGUCUCAGAUGAAAGGUAAAAAACACAGUUCGCAGUAAAUCGUACCAGAAUGGGCACCGCGACCAAUUAACCUUCUAAGCACCUUCUUUCAACCAACCGAUCGGGUGAACGCGGAAAAGGGGUCACCUGGGGAGUCUAGAAUUUCCAAGUGCAAGUGCAAGAGAGCUGUUUCUCGAGAUUGGUGGUGGCCCAGAACUAGGGCUUGGCCUUUUGGAUUAUGCUGUCUGUGUGGUAACCGAUGACAGCGCUCUCGGAGUGGUGUGCGAGCAGUAGAAGCAGUAGAAGUUCUAGUUUUCGAGUCAACCUGGCGCGACGACGAGAUUUGCAGUGAUUGUGUUGUGUGCUUCCACGUUCUUUUCGCUGAUUGUCGCGCUUGAUCUCGCGCGAACCAAGAACCUCGGCGGCGCUGUGACUUGUGCGAAGUACUUUUAGCCGACGAGAGAAAGAGAGCGGUUGGUCAUUUGUGUGUUAACUGUAGUCCCCUACCGCGCGAGUCGACCGGCCAAAGCUCGCUCAAGGAGAAGGAUUAUUAUUUUGAUACGGUGGACUGGAAUUUUAAUGGUUUACAUGAAUGGACUUGGAAAUGACCCUCUGUCUGCGAAGGAGGCAGAGGGCCCGCCAGUCCAGCUGGAACCGGUUGAUCUCAGUGUUCGUACGCCACCAAGAGACACAGACACAAAAACGGCGGCCACAAUUCGCGUUCGUGGGGGCAUACUGAAGCGGCCACCGCCGCCACUCAUUUCCGCACCGCACCUGUUAGCAUUAAGGCACAAAACGAAAGACUUAUUCUUCUCCAUCAGCAACAAUGCCAGUAAAACUCACUCGCCAUUCACCGACAAUCAACUGUUUUCGUCACUUUGUGGCGGCACCCCCAUCGGCGCCAGUAGCAACAGCGAGGAAGACGUCGCCAUAGCCAAUAACAACAACAACCUUAGCCUUAACAACAAUUACCUUAAUGAUGAGUCGAAAACAAGUACCUUCCGUGAAACGUAUCCUAUGUACAACUAUUGUGUUCAGCAGAGUCCUACGCGGCUUCACUUCUCACCAUUCGCCGCCAGUGCCUUCAGCCAUCAUCCGCACCCUCAUAAUCCCCAUGCGAUAUCCCCGCAGGACAUCCCCCGCCAUUCACCGCCACAUCCUUUUCUAGAUCUCCAGCAGACGCACCCGCACCCGGUGAAGUCCCCUCAGGUGUCGCCUCUGCAUCCAGUGCCAGUAAUAAGUUGUUCCAAUCUGGUGCCACCGAUUCCCCUCGCUGCAUCGAUUGCCUCAAUAGCCUCGAGCCUGCCCAAAAACCACCCGCUGAGUGAGUCUGCUACUGCGGCAGCUGCAUUCCACCGAUUACUGCAACCCUCGCCGUCAACGUCCGGACUGGUGGCCAGUACGGCGGCAGCGGCCGCAGCUGUGGCCGCUGGUCGUGCCCUUCUGGAAGCCCAUCAUCACAGUAGUGCGAGCUGCAGCAGUCCCGUUAGACUUAAAACCGAAAUGACCGAUUUCUCCCUCUCGCCUCGACCACCACCCGAUAUUGGGGUAGCAGGUGGAGGCGAGGGCCCCAAGUGCUCAACCACCAAGAACCGAAAAAUUCACCGAUGUGAUGCCACCGGGUGCGACAAGGUAUACACCAAAAGCUCUCACCUGAAGGCCCACAAGCGUACGCAUACAGGUGAAAAGCCAUACAUUUGCACCUGGGAGGGGUGCGUUUGGCGGUUCGCGCGGUCGGACGAGCUGACGCGACACUACCGGAAGCACACCGGACUCAAGCCGUUUCGCUGCAAACUGUGCACACGUUCCUUCAGCCGCUCGGAUCACCUCUCGUUGCACAUGAAACGGCAUUGAUUGGUGAUGGUGCUGUAAUUUCCGACCCCAGGAAGCAACAAAAUAUCAAUACUCCGCAACUCAAAGCAACAUUCUGCUAGGCAUGAACCUUUGAAUCUCAUUUUGUAAUUCUCUCUAUAAGUUAUUUAUGUUGUAGUUAUCAUCUUCAUCGUUGAUGUAGGCUUUCGCAUAGUUGUUAAGAUGUUGAAAGUUAGUGGUAAUCGUGAAGAUCUGUGAUUGGCGUCCUAUUGUAAUUGUAUUAGAAGAAAGUUUUUUUCUAUCGAAUGUGAGCAAGUGUUCUAGUGUUUGAAUGGUUUGUUGGUAGGGGAACCGCGGGUAAAACGGACAAGGGGGGGGGGGAGACGUAGUAUGGACAGGUGGUUGAUUUGUAUAGUUACAUUUUGAAUUUCAGAUUCCCGUUAAUGAGAACACCUUCUACAUGUUAUUCCAUAAUAUUUAAACCACCCUACAGCAAUGAUAACGAUCAAAAGUGGAAUAGGGAAACAAAAACCGAAAACCAUACAUGAUUCCGCGUGUGGAUGUAAUUUUUGCGGCUUCAAUAUUAAGCACUUUGAGUGGUUUAAUUGCAAAAUUUAACCCUUUCUCUACGAUAGUGUGCUCCGUAGAAGUGCUACCGCUGUGUGAUCGAUGUGCACUAUCACCCUGAUGUCGUCUAAAGACGACGCUCGUACACACUGCUCAUUGCGCUCAACGCUCGUAGAGAAAGGGUUAAUUCGCUGAUGGUUAUAUUUCAGAUUGUGAGUUAACAGAGAAGCGAUAUUAGAUAUGUACAGAAAAGUAAAUUCAUUCGUGAGUGGUAAAUUCAAUUUAUUGAAAUAAUUGCAUUGUGGUUGAAAUGGACAGUUACAUCCAUAAUUACAUCCAAUGCAUGAGGGAAUGUGAUGGGAAGAAUCUUAAACUCUUUUUUCUAUUGUUUUCUCUGUUUGUUCUAUUUCAGUUACUGGACGCACAAACACUGAGAGAGUGCGAAAUUAUUUCUCUCGCGAGAGAUAUACCUCUACGUUUCGUAUGUAAUGAACAUGUCCAUAUUCCCCCCACUACAUGUCCAUUAUACCAGCACCGAUAAAAAUGUUCUACCUUUCGGCUUGUUUAAUUUCAGUAACAAACAUGGAAAAACACAUUUUUAUGAAACAAUUGGCCAAUUAUUUCGAAAACCAGUAUAUUGAACCAUAAGAAGCUGUUUUCAUGUUUUGGGAAACAUGUGAAAACUCAUGUUUCCCAAAACUUAGCAAAGAGUUAAGCAAACUCAUACCGUCCUUGUUGUCGAAAAGUUUUUUCAGAGAUUCCUUCCUCUUUUUCGUCAUGAUCUUCGCCGGACGGCCACUACCGGUCUUUUGCUCAGCGAUCCGGGAUGCCAGAAUCCGGUGAACAGUGCUUACCGGGAAUUUUUCGUCUCAAAAGUGUCUACUGUAAUUUUUUUCCUUGACUUCCACGCGUUUCGAAGAACCGUACAACGCACUCGCGAAGUGCUUAUUGUUUCGACGCCAUCUAUGAUCGAACAACCGACCGAAGCGAGCAACCCGUUUCUAGGGAGCCCAGAGAGCAAUUCUCACGGUGAGAAAAAAAUUCACGCUUUUUAUUUUUUUACAGAAAGGUAUUGAAAUCAUUCUCAUUUUUUAUUGAACACCCGUUAUGUGCGCAUGCGUUUUGAAAACAAGCGAAUCGCACGAUAUUCCGAUCUCGUCGAGUGUUUGAACAAGAUCGAGGUGUUCGAGUGGAAAACACAUACCUUUACCAGGUAAAAUUUGUUAAGUUGAAACUAUCCAGACUAUACGGCGCACCUUUUCCACAAUACAUGUGCACAUUGUUCAAUGCUUUUGAAGCCCCGCACUUUUUCCUUACGUUCACGGGCAAUCCCAAUUGACUAGAGAUCAAAGAAAAUCUAGUUCCAGGGCAAUGUGCUUACGCUAAUUCGCCGUUGAUUGUCCGCGUGUUCAAGCAAAAAAGUGAUCUAUCUAUGCAGGCCAUCGAGGAUGGUACCAAGGGCAAGGCCCUGGCGUGGGCAUACCAUCUUGAAUUUCAGAAGCAUGGAAUGACCCACUUACAUCUGCUGUUAUCGUCUGAUAUCAAGAUUGUAUCGCCAGACGAGUGUGAGAAAUGGAUUUCAGCGGAGCUACCAGAACAACCAGAUCCGAAUAAUGUCGAUUACAACAAACGGUACUUGAAUCUUUUUGUGAAGCAUCAUAUUAACGGGCCUCGCACCAACGGGUCAUGAGCUCUGGCUUCGUAGAACUGCCAAAUUAAGAAUAGCGCAUGCGCAUGGAAAGCGUUCGAAUAUAUCUUUCUAAAGAAUCCUCUAUCACAACUCAAGGAUACAUGAAGCCAAAAAGACCAGACAAUGGAAGCGCUAAAAACAAUCCCUUUUUGUCUAUGCUGGUCGAUGCGCACCGCGACGUUGAGUGCAUCAAAGCUCCUCUUUCCGCAAUGAUUUACAUUUUCAAAUAAAUCAACACGGGCUCGAACCAAGCUAUCGUGCAAUUCAGAAAGCAACUCGUUGAGGCAGCAAUUCAGGAACGGGAAGAAAUUGUAAUUGACGAGUGCGUGGAAUAUCAACAGAUGAGAUUCAUGACGACUUAUGAAGCAGCUUAUCAUCUGCUGAACUACCCGCUAUGUCCCACACAAUUGUAGAGUCUACUGGAAAGGAGACUAUCAUGUUUGAAGAUGAGAACGAGGCGCUUGAACGAGCAAAUAGCUGAAAGCAUACGUCACAAUUGACUACAUACUUUGAGCUUUGCGCGAGCAAUCCACAAUAUGAUACGCAGCAGCAAAAGAAUCAACCAAGACUGCUGACGGAUUGUGGCAGCGCGCCGCUGCCGCUAUGAACUCUGAGAAAAAGGCGCUUGCUGACAAGUUUCUACAGUUGUUGGAACUGUUCAUUUUCUGUCAGGCAUCGGGAUGAAUAGGCAAAUCGUUCACAUUCAACACCGCUCUCAAUGCUGCUGAAGCGCGAGGCAAAAAAUAUUCACAGUGGCCUCGACGGACAUUGCAGCGCAGCUGCUGGAAAACGGCCACACGGCAUACACGGUGUUUCAGAUGGGCCAGACCCAACAGCUACCACAGUAGCAAACAGGGCCCGAAAUUUUCGAAGGUGAAAAAUGAAGACCGACUCCACUCUCAGUAGCUUCGCUUCGACUAGAACUGCCUCGGCAGUCGCCGUCAACAAAAAGUAACUUGACUAGAAAAUAAAUUGACUAGCGUUGACUAGCCAGGAUGACUGGUGAACUAGUCCAGUCAGUGGUUAUUUUAACUGAUGCGACUAAUGAAUACAAAUCUGCCUCUUCAUUCAACUGACUUCAAUCCACACUUCCAUUUCCCCCUGACACUAAUUUUAUGCCCGCGUACGCAAUCUUAUUUUUACGUCCAUAUAAAGUGGACGAAAACAUGAUUUCUGAUGCAAAAAAGUUUAUGGGUCUAGGGGCCUAGGGGCACGGACGGGUUCUUGACAUAGGACUGUGAUUGUGUGUAAAAAUUGCAUUUGAAUUGAGUUUUUUCAUUGCUUUGGAUUUUGCAAUCGAGGAAGUAUGCGGAGGAUCUUUUACAUAACAUAUCCAAAAAUUAAAAAUAUGAUUUUUUUUCAAUUUAUAAUAAUCUGAUAUGCGCUAAUAUACGCUUUCGAAUCUCUAAAUCAGCAGCCAGUUAAAUUCUUUAUUUGCAUUUUUACAUUACCAAAUAACAUGGUCGAUAUCAUGAUAUCUUGGACCGACAUUGCAUAAAGUGUUAGUAAGAAGACCUACACGAUAAAAACGUGAAUUGAGAAUGAGUCGAUUGGACAACGUACAAUGCAACAACUAAUAAACGCCUAUUAUCAACAAAUGGAGAAUAAUUCAUGGAUUAAUAUUGUUAACUAAUGCCCGAAUGCGGGCAAAAAGAUUGCUCGUCUCAUCAAGGAGGAAAGCGAGUGGUUAGCGCAAUCGGAAAACAUACCCAUUUUAGUCGUCAAAUUUUAUUUUAUUUUUUUACUACAUUUUCUGUUCAUGUGUGAAGCAAAAAAUUGCUGGAUUGCUGGAAUUUCCCGUCUAAUGGUAUGCAACACAACAUAUCUCGCAAUAACAAUGUGGCGUAAUGUUCGUUUGAAAACUCUUGAUGAAUCGUAACGUUCGUGAAGUGCGAGUGGUGUGGUUUGUGAACAAACCAUUCAAAUCAACAAAUCAAUGGUAUAUUUGAGAGCAUUUUAUUUUUUAAUUUCUUUUUUUCGAUGUUUAUGUUCCGCUUUUACUUUCUCAGGUUUUCAAAUUCCUGGUACUACAGUCAUGCGUCACCAUCGUUCAAUCGUUGGGAGGAUACGAAUUAAAAUAUAUAUAAAAAUAUGUUCGAUUUGGGAAACAGGCAAAUAAACUCUAAACGUUAUCGCUGGUUGACUACCAUCCGCUGAUAUAAGUUGAGAGGAAAUGAAUACAUCGCCAAAUAUAUUGUACCUGCUUGAAGAUAAGUCCGUUCCUCGUUUGCAUUUUGUACCUGUAAAUAAUCCUCAUUGGUAAACCCGAUCAGCGUAUCGGGGGAAAACUGGGUGGCAGACAAAGGGACGAACCCAUUAGCGUGUGGUUAAACAAGAAACAAUAUUUCAAUUCAAAUUUUCGAUUUUAUCAACAAUUUCUAAAUUUAAGAUUAAGCAUGUCUAAGUGGCGCCGGUCGCUGCAAGCGUUAUAAGUACAACUGUUGACGUCGUUGUUUGCGUUUGCUCUUCACUGGUAAAAAUAUAGAUUCGCGAAGGUGUUUCCAUCAGAACAGCGCUGGCCCUAUUUAUGCCGCAGAAGUUUCAUUAUUGUUGUUAAAUUAAGAGCGCACGUGAGAUAGCAGCGAAUCCAACUUAUCAACAACAAACAAUGUAUUCGCAGCCCAUGAAGUAAAACCUCGGUCGCAUUUACCUGCCCACGAAAGUGUUUCAGCAACUCUCGGAGAGCUCGUUUUUCACAAAUUGUUGCGUGCAAAUAUCUGCUAGCUUCGCUUCAACUACUCACACUAGGUGACCCCAAGUCGCAAUAUAUUCGUCGACUCAUCCUUAACAUCCGUUUCCGAUGCCAUAAUUCGUGAACGGUUAUUAAAAGGAGGCAGAUGUUCAUCCGAAUGAAAACAUUAAUCUUGCCAUACGUAAGCGCCUUGAUUUACACCAGCUUGAGAGCAAGGCGCCUAGAGGUAUAUUCUAAGGUGGGCCAACUUGCUAAAAUCACUCUUCAGCCAUCUUGUGAGUCUACUGUGUCUUGUUGGUAAACAAAGCACAAUACGCUUGUGCCCAAGCUCGCUCGUGAUCAGUCUGUCUCUUUCACGCUUCAAGCAAAUAAUUCCUCUUCUGCUUUUUCCGUAGUGUUUUCAUAUACUGCUCCCCUAACAAACUUAGUGACGAAACGGCCUCACCUAGUACCAUAGACCCGUCUUGCUUGAGAGUUUGGAAGUUCUCGCGAGUGACAUUGCAUUCGCGACCCGGACAUGUUUGACGCUGUCAAAUGCUGUGUAUUAGUAUAUGGAUGCCCUAAGGGUGGACUACACGCCCGACUGACUGUUUAGUCGUUUAGUCGGAGAAACUGCUUGAAGAAGCAAAAAGCCAUUUCCGACUGAAUACGGACAUAGUCAGUCAGAUAGUCAGCUGACAAUCCUCAGUUGACUAUGACUAUGCCGAGCCCUGGUAGCAAAUAUUGAGAAACAACUAUUGAAUAAUCGAAAGGGACGCAUUUUUGUGCGAUCCUGACGGCCUAAUUUUCGACGAAGCAGUGAUAGUUUCGCGAGCCCUACUCGAACUUAUUGAUCGCACCUGAAAACCGAACGUUUCCUAUCGGAGGAAUAUCAGUUUGCUGGGAAGAGACUGGAAGCAACUGCUACCUGUUAUUAUCAAGGGUUUGGAGCAAGCCGUCAUUCAGUCUACCCAUCGAUUUAGUUAUCUGUGGCCUUUGUUUCAAACUUACACUUUGCGAACAUACAUACGGGCAGAUCCCGGUCAGCGAGAGUUUGCCGAAUGGUUGGAAAAAGCCGGUUCAAACCACUUACAAGUUUCGGACUCAUUACAUGACUCAGAGGAGUACAUAUUCAUGGGUGUUUGACGGCGAGACACACAAUCCGUCCCUGCUGGCUGAUGUUGUUCUGUUGACGGUACGAAAUCGGUUUAACGGUUUAGCGAAAUUAUCAUGAGUAAGAUUCAUGGUCACGAGCACGUGAUCAUGCAUAGCAACACAAUCGAUUUAAAAGAUAUUCAGAAUCAAGAUAUUUCUGUGCUGCCGUCAGAACACGUGAUUUUCCUCCCACAAAGCUGGUUCUCAUAGAAGGACCAGUCGUGAUGCUGCUAUGAAAUUUUGAAAUUACCAACGGGCUUUGCUCGUAUUGCUUCCUCGAAUUAAUUUCAGCUAUGCGAGUGAAGAUGGUCUGGAGUAGGGUUACCAUCUGUCCAGAUUUAGCAGGACAUGUCUUCAUUUUGAAAUCUAUUUGGGGCGGCCUAAUUUAUUUUUCACAAUCUAGCCUCUAUUCUGAUUUUCAUGAAAAAUUCCACUUUGUUGCAGAAUCUGAAUUAUUUUCAGUGUAUUAUGUUUUUGAGUAAAACUUUCUUUAUUGAAUACCAGAGUUUUGUGAUGUGGCCACGGUGAUGUUUUUGUUUUUUGUCUCGAUAUUCCAAGUUAUUUUUUUUCAAAUGUCUAAAAGAAUCAUUUUCCCGACGAAUUGCGCCAGAAGAGCCUCUUUUUCACAAAAGAACUUAAGGAUUAUGAGACCAACGCUGUAUAUGUGGUUCCGGUGGCUGAUAGCGGUAUGUAGGUUUAGUCAUUUUGUUGGAGCAGAAGUUUAAAAUCAACAAUGGAACAUUACAGGUAGAUCUGAUUAGGGAAAGCAUAUUCAUACACCGAGACAUUGGAAUCCACUUCCAAAUCCAUGCUGAACUAUGUGGUGCAGAAAUCCAGCCGCUCAGAAAAUUUGGGUUGCAGGAGCUCUUGCGUUUCAUACCUGUGGCUUGUUAUUCGGUGCUAUUGCACUUGAUGUUUGAAGACUCUGAACGUUAAAUAAAUGAAUUUCACGUGUUUUUAUUUAUUUAUAUCUCAAGGAAUCACAAUGGUUUGGUCAUAAUAGUAACUGUGAGAGGUGUUCUGAUUUUCAACUCCGACCAGAUGGUAUCCCUAGUCAUUCAAACGGUGUCAGUUUCCUGUGAGACCGGCUUUCAGCAUGACUAUAAAUGGGUCGCAUGGGCAAACAUUCCGGAAAGCUGGCAUCGUAUUGUACGAGCAUUUUCCCUCACGGCCAACUACAGUAAUCGUUCGCUAACUGGUCCUGGUUUAACUGGUCUGCUGUUUAACUGGGCGAACGUUAACUGGUCCUUGGACCAGUUAAAAAGCAGAAUUUCAUAAACAAUCGACGCCAUAUUCAAAUGGAAGAUUUGCUGUGAGGGACAUUCGAAUGUAAUUUUAAAUGUUAUGAAAGUUGACAUUAUUUUCGCACGACAAAAACAUUGAUUAAACUACAGAAAAAUAAUUUUCUCAAAUCAUAUGUUAUACCUGUUGUCGCACUCAAUGCGAAACUUCCAUUGGAAUCCUUUUGUUUAUCCAAUUACAGGAACAAUGCCAAUCAAACAAUUCAUUGAAGUUUCCCUCGAUUUUAUUUGACGUUUAACAUGCCGGACCAGUUAAAACGCGAAUGUCGAUAAGUGGUCUUCCCUUUUCGCCCAGUUAGUGAAUGUUUACUGUAUAUGUGGCUUUACCGCGCGUGCGAAACCGAGACUCUUGGCGUUUUUCCAUUCCUGAUUUCAAAGCUGUUGCUCGCCUUGAUCAGUUUGACGAAGUAGAGAUCUGUGUGGCAUAUAAAACGCUAUUGUGAAUGGAGCCUAACUAUGCUAGUACCAUCAUCCACCGUUGCAAGCGGAGUAGUACAAAGCCGUUAAACGAAUAACGCCUCAAUUCACACACACGACCCGAGCAUCUCCCCACCAACCAUUCACCCACUCUUUUACGGACUCUCGUCGAGGUAAGUCGCACAAGAUCCAACAAAAAAUUCAAGACUACGAAUAAGUAUACUUAAUGAAUAAAUGGUGUACUGAUUUAUUCAUUGCUGAAUUAAUCGAGUGUUAAGUCAGCGGGAACCAAGUCGCAAAAUUGAAAAUUUCGAAUUAUAGAUUGGAUUAGGUUUAGCAUUUCGUGAGCUACAACCACAUUAAUCAGAUUUGGAAAAUCACGCGUGCAACAUGAAUAACGUAUCGAAAUUGUUUCGAAUGCUCAAUGAAAACGAGCGGGAAUGGAUGGUGAAGGUGGAGUAAUGAAGUAGUUUUCCUUCCACAAAGGCCCUUCUCAGGGCUAGAGACGAAUGAACUGCAAAAGUUUAAAGUCUCUAUAAUAACAAGAAAAACAAACAAGAAAGGUAGGAACCCCAGGGCUCAUCUGUUCCAAUGGGUAUGCGGGAAGCUUAUGUAAUCAUGGUCCGAAGCUCACGGAUACAACCGCCUUUCUUCAAAAAUAUACGUACCUGUUGGGACGAAUGCCGUUUUUUCUGAUUUGUUGUUUUCCUCGUCGUGUUGUGUGAGGACAGUAAAAUCAGUGAUUGAUUGGACGAAUAAGCACUAUAAUUUCACAACUAAACGUAACAAAACACAUUUUCAGGAAGAAUGUCCUAAGAAAUAAAGAAUACAAGCUCAACAGUACAAUACAACUCACAUUGUUGGCAAAAAAAAACUCGUGGCCUGCUUCACGUGUUGAUACGAAAUAGCAGCGGUAAGAUUGAGUUUAUGAUGAAAUACACUCAAAAGCUUAUUCACAUACAACUUUAGUGCAUUUUAAAUUUGAAACGCUCCAAUGGUGAUUUGGUUACAAAAUUCCAACGCUAGAACACUUGUCAUUGUGUUGCAUUGGCGAAAUUCCUCGUUUUAUGCAACUGAAAUGUUUCAUAGUAAACGGAUACCCCGAUUUCAGAGUAGAUUUCUCGCAACAAGCAUCAGCUGAUAUAUAUUUCUCCCCAGCAUUGCACAAAAACAAAAUCAAAAACAAAACAGCCAGUCGAUAAACAUCCAGUAGCUAAUUUAUUUAGUAAGUUUUAACAUUAGUGAGUAGAAUUAACAGUAGGAAAUUGUUAUUGUACAUAAGAGUUUGAGAAAUGUUAGAACGGUAGAAUGAAGCGAAACAAAAAAAAGCAACAAGUGCAAUUACAGAACAAACAAAUCCCAAACUAGUUGUUAAGAGACGAUAUGUGAGCAACAUUGGAAGAAAGUGAUAAUCGAGCGACAUGUGACAACGAAUAAUAAAUGUUCCCCUUUUUUUAUUGUUGAAUAGUUAAGAGAAAUUUUUAUCGCAGUUGGAUGGAAUGUUUGUUUACGACGUUAGAUAUAAUUUUCCUAUUUUUGUAACACACAAACACACAAUAGAAGACACAAGCAGCAGCAGCAGCAGAGAUUCCGAAUAAACCAGAUGAUAUUGUUAUACAUAUUUUGCUCAGCUAGCUGAGCUGACAGUGACAGUUGUCCACACAACGAGUGAGCCAGUAACUAGAUCGAUCGUUUUGUUUUGUAGGUAGUUUUAAGCGUCGAGUUUUGUAGAUAAUAACACAAUGUACAAUGGAACCUGAGAGUACGCGCCAGUAAUAGUGAAACUCGAAUGAGAAACGGAAAAAGCGCCAGUAUUUUAUAACGAUGUUGACUCCCUUCCCCCGUGAGUGCAAUGCCGCCUCGCGGCAUGCAGUUAUUUGUUGAACGUUUUUAGAAGAAUUUUAAUAUUAUACAUUCGUGAAAGAUUUUAGAUUAUUUUUAUCGAAGAAAGAGGAAGAAUAAAGAAAU